AUGCCGCUGUGUGAUCGCUUUAUGCGAUUAAACGAGCUUCAUCGAAAUGCUGGUGGCCUCUACGGCGGUCACAGUUUCGCAUUGGACUCACCAAGAGGCGGUUACUUCGGAAAUUAUCAACCGCUCGACCGUUCCACCGACUUGACCUUCAAUAACAGCGGAUAUUCUAGCAACUUCAUGGACAGUGUCCCCGGAAUGGGUGUCUACGGCAACUCAGACACUCCCAGUGGCUAUGGAAUGCGUUCAAGCAAUUUGGUGAACAACCCCAUGUGGUCGCAGUUCGAGAAGAUUCGUUCCGAGUUCCAAAUAAAAAAUAGUCAGUACCUCCAACAACAGCAACAACAACAACAUCAACCUGAGAAUUCAUCAUUGUUGAGUCGAAGCUCGGCAUUCAGUUUCAAUACCAUAGAAGGUAAUAUUGCCCCUUCUCGCAAUAUCUCGGCAUUUAAUACAACACCUCCCAGGAGUGCUCUUCAAUUGACUGAUGAAAAAUAUGGUUUCGGUGAUGAAGUAGAUUUGAGUCAGGACUUGCAUGAUCUGUGGAAAUCGCAAAAAUUCACCUCCAACAGUGGCAACACCUUCUGUUGGACGGGAGAUGUCAACAAGUCAUCAAUUGAUACUUCAUUAGGUCAAGCUUUCAAUGCACUGAACAUCACUGAACGCUAG